CAACCGGAGAUCACGGAAAUGCACGAGUCAUACCGAAAGUACUUGCAUAGGCACAAGGAAGAAACAGUUCAGGGUGGUUUGUAGGGCACCAGUUGCUAACUGUCUAACUCCGUCUAUCAUCCGUCUAACUCAGUUAAUCUUCGUUCAGUAUUCAGCAGUGUGUUGCUGUUGUGUGACAAGGUAAACUUUGUCCAGUGUUUUACUGCGUUUGUCUUCGCCAUUGUACACUGGACCUGUGUUAGUGAAACGUCCUUGUAACCCACCCGGAUCUCGGAGGAGAAAACCGACACGGCUAGUUCCAGCAGACCUCGACCAACCACCACAACUAUGAGUAAUCCGAACAACGAAAACAACCCUCCUGAAUCCUGUACCAAGGAAAUCCAUGUUAAACCAAACACGGAAGGACACACAGAGACGGUUAACGCUGCAGGAAUCGCUCAUGGUGGAGUUGGCAACACUAACAUCAACGUGGUCCAGGCACAAGGCGACAAGGAACUUGUAGAAGAAGAGGUACCUGCACUGGUGCAGAAUCUAAACCAAUAUGGCGAUGAUGUACAAGAUGAAAAGAAAAAAAUUGCGGAUCUGCAAAGAAUGAUCCAGAAUAUUGAAGUUGAACAAGCAAAACAGAGACGCCAAUUUGAAGAUGAACGGAGAGAAAGAGAGGAAUUACAAAGACAGAUGCAGAGAAUAGAAGACGAACAGGCAAAACAAAAACGCCAAUGUGAAGAUUUACGGAGAGAAAAUACAGAUUUACGGAGAGAAAUUAGAGAAUUUCAAAGCCAGAUACAAAACCUCCAUGAGGUGAUCGAGGAAAAAGACAACGAUAUCAGACAACUUAAAGAUUUAAGGACAGCAGCAGCAGAGAGCAAGGUACAGGAACCUCAGGAUGCAGUGCAAGAGACAACCACCAAGGACAAACACGGAAGGGAAGAAGGAAAGACAGUGACACAGAAAGACUCGAACCCGCGCCAUGUCGACGCCCUCCUUGCUGCCUGCCGUGGUGGGAACAUGGCCGAGGUGAAGCGUGUCCUAGAUCUGGGACAGGUGGACAUCAACUUUAGAGGAAGAGGAUGGGGGAGCCUGACACCGGUGAUGGAGGCAGCACUAGGGGGACACAGAGAAGUGAUGGAGCUGCUACUGAGUAGAGGAGCUGAUGUGUCACUGGUGGACAAGGACGGAAACAACACCCUUCACUUGGCCUGUCAUGGAGGCGACGUGGGGGCGGUGGAGUUGAUACUGUCCCAGGACGUGGUGGACGUCAACGCCAGAAACAACCGCGGGCAGACAGCGGCCGACAUGGCGAGAGGCAGGGGACAACAUCAACUGGCGGAUCUCCUCGUGUCAUGUGGUGCUCGGUGAAGUCGUGUGGUGUGGUGUAGACAGUGACGAUGCUGUUACUGACACUGACGUGGUGCGUUCCGUUCACGUCGUCGUAUUUACAUUGUGGGACCAAGUUUAGAAUUGUGGUUGUGUUUGAGGAGAAAUAAAACUUGUUGAAAACA